AUGAGUUCACUACUUCUCAGCCGUGUCUCGAGACUCUCUCAGAAUAAACAACCUGCGUUAGAAGUUAGAAGAUACCUCUCCGGCGCUCGGUUCAUGUCCGAAACCCCUAUCUAUCGCAUAGUACGCGCUGAUCAUUGUCGAUAUAGUUCGAGGGACGAGAGUGUCGGCAGACUCGUGGUUCGAAAUGUGAAGGCUUCGGACUCUGAGGAUGACGAGGUUUUGGAAAAUAUGGUGCCCACCGACUUGAUGACACCAACGGGAACGAUAGGAGCCUCCCAAGGAUGGGUAGCUACUUUGAAAGACAACGUAGUGUGGCUUCAAGACGAUCUAAACCCGUUCGGUUCGGAUUCAUCUCCUAAGCGAAUCUCACUGCCUCGUCCCAAAACGUUGCCUGAUUGCCAAACCCAAAUGGUAACCAACGUGGCCUUGUCAUCUUCCCCUGAAGACGAAGACUGCAUUCUAGCCGUCUAG